CACACCCCUCACCAGAUGCUGAAACCUCUAGGCUUUCUUUCUGGAUGGUAAAAUAAACAGCAAGUUUAUUUUUUUAUUCACUAGUAUUUAACUAUAGCUAUGUAUUUAUGUACUGCACCACAGGUAUAUUGCCGAUAUAUUUAAUUAGAAGAAAAUGUCUACAAAUAUCUGUGAUAGUAGAUAAAAGGAUGGCUACAACUUAGUUUCACUCUUAACCGGCACACCUGAUUCAAUUAGUCAAUAGCUUGAUAAUUUGUUGACUAAUUAAAUUAGGUGUGCCAGUUUAGGGUUAACACAAAAUGAGAAGCAUCUAGAAAUUCCCUUUAAGAUGUUUGAGAAACUUUGGAUUAAUGGGUUACAAAGAGAAAAUCAAGUUUGCAUACCCCAGGUCCUUGGAGGAUUUGCUUCAGGACGUGGCGUCUUUGCAUGAAGCAGUUUCUGGAUCUGCUACAGCCCCUACAUCACUGAUCAUCGUGGAUGGACUGGAAUGCUACCUCCGCAUGCCUGGAUUGAGUAGCGGCCUUCAGCAGGCGCAGUUGUCCUCUGCUGCGCAUGUCUCUGCGCUACUGUUUGACACGGCUGCAUUUCUCACACAGACCCUGGAGGAGAGAGCCGCUAGCCUGGCCCCCUGUCGGGUCUUAGCUUCGUUCCAGCCCGUGGGGGAAGGGCAUGCCAGGGACCCCUCAGCUCAAGACCCGGUAAUCUCAGUGUUGGACCGCUACUUUCAAGUUAGGUGUACCUUGGACCGGCGCUGGCAACCGUCCCCUGCCGCCGCGGGACCGCAGGAUAUGUGGCAUGUCUGCCUCUGUGGUGUUGGGAUCACAGGCGCCUUUCUCGCUGAGGAUGAGGAAAACCCAGGUCGGCCACAAGAAUGGACUCUGGUUAUUGGCGCCGAUGGCUCAAUGGAGUUUACACCUGUUUGAGAUCCAUUGACUUGCCUGUAUGUAACGAGCUGGAGACAUGCUUAGUGACCUCACACCUACGGUGUCAAUGAAAACGAGGAGAAAUGGUGGGAUGAAAUGUUAUGAAACUGUCCGUUAUGUUGUUAUGUUAUUGAUGAUUUGAAAGAAACAACCAGAAGUUACACUUCAAAUUGUAAAUGGUAGAUGCAAACAGGUUUUUGACCAAAAUAUCCUGGUACUGGGUAAAGGUCACAACACCAUUGGCCUUAACAGGGGCCCGGGGUUCAGUGGAAUAGCUCACAGUAGGUAAAGGGGUUAUUUUCUGCUAAUGCAGUCUCAUGUCAGUCAAACUGACUGCCACACGGUGUGGCCAAAUUGCUAUUUAUUUCAUGUAAUCUGACCAAAGCACUGGUUCCGAUGUGCCAAUGCUGUUUAGCGAACUCCAGACAUUUACAUGUUUGUCUUUGGCCAUGCUGUAGGUGUGAUCCCUAGGCCCUUGUUACACAUUUGUCUGCGGCACAUGAUGGAUUUCAGCCAAGUUUUUGUGAAAUUGAGUACUGUAUUAUGACUGAAUCUGUGUUCCUGACAGGUCUUCCACCAUCUAAGAUGGUGUGUCUCAAUGAAACAAAGUAAUGGUUUCCAUCUGUUCGUUCGUGUGUCAGAGGUGAUUUCUUUAGCCCCACUAUGCAUAUUUAAAAGAGAAAUGUGGAUCAUGUGUCUUACUAAACUAACAUUUUCAAAAUUACACGAAUUGGCAUUAGUAGCUACCUAACAGGUGCAUUAACGAGUGGGCUUACAAAGUUGCAAAUAGAGAAUUUGCCAGCCCAGCUAAGCAGCUGCGAAGCUCAGUGGUUCGAGUAGCUGUGUUUGCUUCUAAAGGCUGAGGAUGAGCCAGAUCAAGGCUAUAUUUUGUUUUUAUAAAAAUGGGCCUACUCAUUCAAAUCAACAAGAUUGCUUCCUACACUACUGUACUGGAGCAUUAAUACAUAACCUUUACCCAGAAAUCUCUUUGGAGUGUUUCUUGGGUAUUUACAUUAAGUUCACAUGCAUGGUGGUUUUGGUUUUAAGUUAAUCUACAAUCGCUAGCCAAGACAUCAGAUUUACAACAGUGUAUUAGAAUAUAGUUGAUUCCAGCUAGCGAGUGGCAUUAGUAGGAAAGUGCCAAGAGAACAAAGCCCUAAAGGACUUUGGAAAGUGCCAUGGUAACCAUAUGCCCUUGAACAGGCAACUAAAAAGUUAUUCCCAUCUGGAAUAAUUUACUUGAACUCAGAUCACGAUUUUUGACAUUUUUAUUAAAUACAGCAUUACUUGUUACAUGGAAUACAUUUAUUAUUUAGAAACAUGCUGCAUGUAAUUGGGUAACAUUUUGGCUGUUAAAAAAUUUUUUAGUGGCUGCUGGUAGAUUUUCAGUUGGUGCCCCCAGUAGUAACAAAGAAUCCUGUAGAAAAUACUGAUCUAAUGUGUAGUUAAUUUACUAAUAAACAACUGCUGCAUAGCCCAGAGGUCAGCACAACUAUUUACAACCAUGUAAAUACAAACCCCCAUGAAACUGACUGAUAUCAGUGGUCAGGCUAGUACUGUGGGUUAAAUGGCAAAACUGGGGCAGAACAUGUUUACUGAUGUCUUUUUUGGAUAGGUGUUUUUUUUUUUAUAUCCAUCCA